GCAGGUUAAGAAAAACUAUGUUUUUUUUUUGUAGGGCGUUCAACUAUUUUUUUUCUGACAUUCACGAUAAUUCUCCUUAUUCCGUGUAGUCUAGCUACGCCCUUUCAUUGACAUAACAAAUCUGUCACCAAAAAAAUCACGUUUCACCUUAUCUAAGCACCACGCGUUCUUUCUAAGAUUCCAAUCCUCCCUCCACCACCUUACUUAUCACUUAUCAUAAUCGAAUCCCAACGCUUGACACGACUUUUCCCCCUUAAUCGGAAAGUUGCCUGCUCCCAACAUCAGACACUGGAUCCAAGCUGUAUUACCGAAAAAGUGCAACCCUGUCCACUCAGCACGAUUUAAAAAUUCAAUUCCAAAGGUUCGCCCCAUCAUCGGGUACCCUGUUGUCCGGUCUAGACACACACCCAACUUGGGAUAUCAGCUCGAUAUCAGGGGAUAGAUAAUUUGGAGACACGAAGAUAACGACUUUUCUGGACGUAUAAAGUCAUAUGGUGGAGGUAUCUACCGAACAGUCUUCGUUAUGGCGAGUUUGGAGUUGAUUUUGCUGGUGUUGGCCGUUCUUGGUUGCACAACCGCCCAGCGAUGGCAGGUCGUCACGGACGAGCUGGGUAAGCCGCACAUGUUCGGAGAAGGUGAGCAAAGUCCGGAUCUUCACUUCCAACCAGAGCAAGACAUUCGGUUUCUGCUGUACACUCGUGCAAAUCCGGAAGUUCCGAACCGUAUCGCCAACAAUGACCUCGGUUCGGUUACGAGCUCGCACUUCAACGCCAGCCAUCCGACCCGGAUCGUGAUCCACGGUUGGUUAGGUGGGGAGGUGUCCCGGAUAAAUCGGAUGGUCCGGACGGAGCUUUUGGAGCUUGGGGAGUUCAACGUGAUCUAUGUCGAUUGGAGUGCGGCGAAUCACCCGGAUUACCGAGUGUCACGUCGGUUGGUUUAUCCAACGGGAAUCGCUACUUCGAAUUUGAUUGACUUCUUGGCGAGAACCAGCGGCUUAAGGAGGGACACCUUGGCGAUCGUUGGUCACAGCUUGGGAGCUCACGUAGCCGGUAAUGCUGGGAAAGGACAAAAUGGAAGACUUCCGACGAUCAUCGGACUGGAUCCAGCUUUGCCGUUUUUCUCCGGAGAAGAUACCAUCGACCGGAUCCGGGAUACCGAUGCGGAGUACGUGGAGAUCAUCCACACCAACGGAGGUGUCAUGGGCUUCAUGGAACCGAUUGGUGACGCCGAUUUCUACCCAAACUGGGGCCGUAUCCAGCCGGGUUGCGGCGUUGACAUCGACGGAGGCUGUGCCCAUGCUCGGGCCGUUGAUUACUUCGUGGAAUCCCUGUGGUCCAGGGUGGGAUUCGUUUCAACGCAGUGUGACAGUUUCCAGGAAAUCCGCACCGGUUUGUGUCCUGGAACUGGCAUUACCUCCAAAAUGGGCGGAGAACCCCCAAAUCAAGGUUCCGAAGCGCCGCGAGGAGCGUUUUACGUGGAAACCGCCUCCGGAAGACCCUUUAUCACUGGAUGCUAACCCCCCCAAACAAAUAAAAAAAAGUAUCUAAUUGAAUAGAAAAUCGCUCGACUCCGCAAAACUCGUCAUUCGUCAGCGUUAAACAAUUUCGCCGUUCCGUUUUUCACUUUCAAUUGAAAAGAUUUUCCAAUUUGAGGUGCACAAAACAUCAUCCCUCAGCUGUCACGAAACGAGAAGAAAAUAGAACAAACCUGGCCAUCAAUCUUCCCACCAGCAUCAGCACUUUCCAUUCUUGUGUGUCCUCUUGUGUCGAAAUAAAAAAAAAGGUAGGAAAAACGCUAUAAACCUUCCGCUUCCCUCGGGGUGGAGGUGGUGGUGGCCACGAGAUUAAGGAUAUCAAUUUUACAGCUGAGCGCACGGGUUGAAAAACGUUGGAAAACGAUGACGACGACGACGGAUGGACUUCUUUUUUUUCGAGUGUUUUGCCUCGUGCGGUUUGUCCCUUUUUGUGGCGGAAGAAGUCUUUGGGGUGUUGAGACAAGUGUCGUUGAAAUUUGAUGAAUUUCAUGGAUGAUAGUUGAAUGUACUCAAAAUUUGUGUAAAUCAAAACUGAUGAAUGGCAAAAGUAUAAAAGUAUGGUAGGGUAGUCAUCAAUGAGACACUUUUGGUUUUCAACUUUCAACGAUUUUUAUAAUUUUUUUAUCAGCGUGUUUUAAUGCACUUUUUGUUGCAUUUUCUUUCUUUUAAUGUGUUCUAAUAUUGACCAAAAUAUGAGAUCGAUCCGACAUCUACAGCCAGAGUUAUUCAACUGUCUCAUUGUAGACGCACUUGGCAGGAACAAUGAGACACUCUACGAAAAUAAACAUUUUUCAAGUAAAACAUCAUGUUUUUGUAUUGUUCCAUUGCAGGUGACUUGCCUUGAACAUUUCAGGGCAAUUUUGUCAACAUGAAACUUUUAUUAACAAAAGUUACACUAAAAAGUAUUUAAAUUUUGUAAAAUCCAUUUAUUAAUACCAAAUAACUUUGUAUGUUUGGUUAAAUGAAGUUUAAACUUUAUAAAUAUGCCAAAAAUCACUUUUAAUUCAUGUUUUGAAAGAUUUCCAUCGAUUUUUAAAAGUUUAUCGAAGAAAAAUCAAUGUGUCUCAUUGUUACCCAUGGGCUGAAAUGAGUGGGGAACAAUGAGACAGCCCUGGAUUAUGGGUAUAUUCAAAAUUUUGGCCUAAUCUAAUGAAAGGACAUUGUAGCUCAACUCAAUCCCUAUGAAACGUCGAAAGAAAUUUGAAGAAAUAUUAGUUUUGGUGUAAAUGGCAGCCUACUAGCGAAAAAGUAUUUUUUGUCCAUAAUUUACUUUUACACCCCAGAAUCAAACAUUUAUGAAUAACUUUUUAAAGGAGCGUCCAUAACCAAAGCCACUAAUAUAGCAGACGUGUAUCCAGUAGACACACCUUUCCCCCUAAUAUGAGCCUGAUUGGUUGAAACUACGACUUGUGAGAGCCAUUUUAUCAUUGUUCCCCGUGUCUCAUUGAUGACUACUCUACCCUAUGUAAUGAUCGCUUAGUUUUUUCUUCUGUUGGCACAUUGCCGAUCUAUUAAUUUCUUCAAAAUAUUCACUGAAUUUUUCAGGACUUGAUUAAAUCAGGCAAGAAACAUGAAGUUUGGUAAACAGUACAGACUUGAUUAUCCGAAGUCCUCCGAAGUUUGUUUUUCGUUGACCUAAAUAGUGCCGUUGAUCUCAUAGAUGAUCCCCAACAAGAUUUAGAGUUAUGUAGGAAUUUGUAAUCCAAGAUGAUGGACAAAAUGGCUGGUGAUGAAAUAAUAUUGAAAAAUUUGUUUGAGAUUUCGGUCAUUCGAUUAUUUGUAUUUUUUAAUCCUGCUGAAACUUUUUUGGUGCCUUCGGAAUGCCCAAAGAAGCCAUUUUGCAUCAUUAGUUCGAUCAUAUAAUUUCCAUACAAAUUUGGCAGCUAUCCAUACAAAAAUGAUAUGUGAAAAUUCAAAAAUCUGUAUCUUUUGAAGGAAUUUUUUGAUCGAUUUGGUGUCUUCGGCAAAGUUGUAGGUAUGAAUAUAGACUACACUGCAAAAAAAAAGAUACUCGGUAAAAAAAAGAUUUUUAAUUGUGUGUGUGUGUGUGGUCCAAUCCAAUACCCGCUAACUGGUAGCGAUAUUAUGGGAAAGUACAGUUUGUAUCAGGCUUUGUACAGUAUGUAAAAAAAGUAUUUACACCCCUUGGGCACUAUGCACAUUUUGUGAUGAAACAUGUAAAAAAUUUAAAGUUUGACAGGAACCUAGUACUACGUUUUGUUCAGAAACUCAUGCCAAACAUUUUGCUACAAAAAGCUCAUGAAAAGAUGAUUUCUAUAAAAAGUUAUAUAACAAAUACUAUUACGAAAAUAAAAAAGGUGCAAAAAAAGUUUGUACACCUUUCGAAAAAUUCACAUAAAUAAUGUUAUUUGUUGACAAAUCACCAUAAAUCCAGUCUUCCAACUCCAAAUAGGCAUCAUUGACUGAUUAAAAAAAUAAUUUGGAUUGAAUAUAAAGUUUACUAACUACUUAGUAUAAAAGUUUAUAUAACUCUGGAAAUUCUAUAUAAAACCUAUCUAAACUU